UCCACCGACUAGAUUAAUUGCAAGUUAAUUAAAGAAAUUGUCGACAAGGUGAACAGUCACUAAAAAAAUAUGGAGUUCUUAAUAAACUUGUCAACGCUCAGACAAAUUGUCUUGCAUUAUUUUAUGUUUUUUUUCAGUACAGUAUUCGAUAUUUUUUCACUGAAAGUCAAUCCGUUGUUAAAUAAGCUUUGUUCUAAUAUCAUUUUUUAAUAAUGUUUUCCAAAAAAUACAGAAAUACGGAUGUUGUGAAAUAGGGCUUACUUUUUUCGGUUGUGUAAGUACUUUUCGCCACUCAUUUUUUCAAGCAUUUUAAAAGUGGUGCUCCUCGCGGAAUUUAGUUGAAACAGUCGUAAUUUUUAAUUGAUUUUUGUCGCAAAUAAAAAAUGUGCAAAACAUCAUUCGAAAUACUCUAAUAAUUGUCUAAUAUAGGUGUUAAAUAAGAAAAGUACUGUGCCGUGUAAUUUUGGGGGUUUUCGAAAGCUGCUGUUUCUUAAAAAUCAACUGAAAAUAAGUGGCGAAAAAGUACUUACAAAGUGGCGAGAAAGUGUUCACAAGGUGGUGAAAAGUACUGAAACAUGCAUUGUUGCAGGAAAUGUACUUUUUCAACCAGAUACUCAAAAGUUCCCGGAAAGUCUCCUGGUUCAAUAGAUAGACAAUGCUUAAAAGCACUUGUACACAAAAUUUCAUUUUAUUUCGACAAAAAGUGUAUGUUUUAUAAGGGUGUCAAACCUUAAGGUGGCGAAAAGUACUUACUCUACCCUAUAACGUUUAUAACAUACCAAAUUAAUGCUUUUUUAAAUAAAGGGAAAUAAAGGGAAGAUAAAUAAAGAUUCCAACAACAUUCAGUAAAUUCAACAUAAGCAAAGAAUAUUACACAAGUUCUCAUAUUCAAUUUUGUAAAAGAAAACAAUGCUUUGUUGAUGGAGUUCUGAACAAGCCAACAUACAUUUUAGAAUAAAACGAAAAUAAAAAAAUACAGAAAUUUUUAGAAUAUAUACAUAAAAAAAAUUGUUCUUUUAAACUGCAAUGUUUGAUUUUCUUCAUAUCUAAUUGAUACCCCACGUUUGUGUUGUUGUGAAAAAAUAUGAAAUAUCAAAUGGCAAAGUCAGAGAAUGUUUAUUCAUAAAUUAUGCAUAUACUUAUAAUUUAUGAGGAUUUUUUAUGUGUGUAUUUUUUUUAUGUUUUGAACAUAAGAUUACAUUGCAUGAUCACGUUGAGUCUCGCAUGAUUAUUUAUGUCGGACAUCUCUUGCGGGAAGCAAGGGAAAAUUUACAACAAAAUAAUUGUGUCACACUCUAUCACUCAAACUCUUUUCUGUGAAGUAUUUUCUACCACUAUACCUACGUAUACACUACGAAACAAAUUUGAAUAUGUUUCAGCUAGAAUUAUACGGUUGCCUAAAUAAAUUAGUAGCAAAUUGGUAGCAUAUUAUGAAUGUCUCAAUGUGAUGCUUACAUAGAAAAAAGACUUAUGAUCUCAAUAAUUAAAUUUCUUGAUUAAGUAAAAAUAUUAAAAAUUAUCUAUUAUUUAAUAUUAAGUUUGAAAAAGUGCGAAUUGACCUAAUUCUGAAACACACAUGAAUAUACUUCCAAAAUUACCUUUCCACCCUUUCCACCAUCAAUUUUUCCAAAUGCUUUUAAUACUUUAGUUUGAUAACACAAUUCAUGAUAGAUAGGGAACACAGAGUAAUAUGCAAAUUAAAAAUAGACAUAAAAAAUUGAGAAAAAAGAUUCUUCAGCUAAAAGAUCCUUUCUAAAUUCCUCUCUGGAUAAAAUAUAUAGUUGAAUUCAAAAAGGAAAAGUACUUCAGCAAACUUCAGGUUGUGUUGUUUGCUGCUGUCGAAAUGACAUAUACAACAGCAGCCAUAUCUAAGAAAAAGAAGAAGAAAGGUCUUUAUAAAUCGAUUUUACUUCAUCGCAUAUAAAGGAUUCUCCACCAUAUCGCACAGUUACAAUAUUGGGAGUUUCGUGCGUCAUUUGUCGUUUGUAGCGCAGAAUCAUCGCUAAAUCAUUUGCAGGCCGUGGAUAAUAUUUGAUGAGAUAUUGUGCCACGCCACAGGUGAAAAAGUGCUUUGGGGCGCUGCAUUGCCAUCAGCGACAUCUGUUUAAGCAUCCGGACCGUCCGUGGUAGUCAACAACACAGAGCUAAAAAAAAAAGGAAAUUUUAAGAGGCAUAAUCAACACUGAAGUAUUGUGAAUCACUGAGAUAGACAUUAGAGCCCCUUGUGGCUUCUACCUUUGAAAAAAAAAGAAAUCUGAAGGGAGUGUGAUACUAGAGAUAAUCUAUUGAGGCUCAAAUAUUGUGAAUGAGUCAGCCGUGAGGGUGUGGUUGUAAAAGCUGACUCGGAAAUUUGGGGUCCACACCGCAAGAGUGCGCCCCAUGAUCAAUGCAAUAAAGUGGACCACACUGUAUCACGCACUAACACACAAAGACGGGAUUUCCAGAAAAUUUCAAAGAAAACUUGUACUGUUGAUUACAAUUGAUUAGUGUGGCCUUUUUUGUGUACGGCUGGAGCGACAGUGGCUGCGAUGCGUGAAUACAAGAUAGUGGUGUUGGGUAGUGGGGGCGUUGGCAAAAGUGCACUCACUGUACAGUUUGUUCAGGGAAUAUUUGUGGAAAAAUAUGAUCCAACUAUUGAGGAUAGCUACAGAAAGCAAGUGGAAGUUGACGCUCAGCAAUGCAUGCUAGAGAUCCUAGAUACGGCCGGAACAGAACAAUUUACCGCCAUGAGGGACUUGUAUAUGAAGAAUGGCCAGGGAUUUGUUCUUGUCUACUCCAUAACAGCCCAAUCAACAUUCAAUGACUUACAAGAUCUCAGGGAACAAAUACUGAGAGUUAAGGAUACCGAUGACGUGCCAAUGGUUCUCGUGGGUAACAAGUGUGAUUUGGAAGAUGAAAGAGUUGUUGGAAAAGAAUUGGGUAAAGGUCUCGCCAGCCAGUUCAAUUGUGCAUUUAUGGAGACAUCAGCCAAAGCUAAAGUUAAUGUGAACGAGAUAUUUUACGAUUUAGUGCGGCAAAUCAACAAAAAAUCGCCAGAGAAGAAGCAGAAACAGAAAAAAAAAUCUAUCUGUGCGUUACUAUAAGAGACUUUAGAAAUAUAAUAACAAAUAAGAGACAAAAAAAAAUGAUGAACAUUUUUAGGUAUAUUUAAAUAACAGGCGUGUAUCUGUUUGGUGUCAUUUCCAUUCCUUGCUCUUCGAACGAAAACAAACAACACUUGUAUUAAUAUUUUCGAAAAUUUCACGUUUUAAAUUUUUCAAUUGGAUUUAGAAAUAAUUCAGAGGGAGAGAAAAUAUCUUUAAAAGAUGUUGAAAGAAAAUGAAUAUUUAAAUGUUAAACGACUUAAGCGAUGGAUUAGAAAUUUAACAGAGCUCAAUUUUUCCCUUUGGUUUUUUUCUAUAUAUAUUAUAUAUAUUUAAAAGAGAAUAGGUUUAUAUAUUUCCUCAAAUCGUCGAUGCUCCCCUGAUCCAAUAAAGUAAAAGGUAGUAAGAAUAUAUUGAAAACCAAGAAACAAAGUGAAAAACUUAUGAUUAUAAAUAUUUAAAAAAAAAAUGAGAUAAAUAAAAUAAAAAAAAGUUA